GCCGACAGUACAGGAUCCUGCGCUCCUCCACAGAGCGAUGCGGAGUAGGCGGGUCGAGUAAGAAAAACGGCGCUGGGGCGGAAUCCGCAACGGGAUAUUUAACAAGCUUUGUACGGCGGCUGUCCUCGUCCCAGUAGCCGCAUUCCAUCACAUCUGUCCGACGCUGGACCCCGCUGCUUUUCUGGCUGAAAUAAUUGCGCCAAGGCGUCUUUCUCUAAUCAUCUAUUCGUCAUCUCCUUGGCGCUCCUUGAGUCGCUCUCCUCCCAUCUUACCUCCUACUACUCGCCUCUCCUCUUGACUACAUCUUUUGCUGGAUGAUUUCAUUUUGUAAAGUCAUUAUCACCCUGAAAGGUCAAAGCCAAUGCUUCUAGGCACCUCAAAUCACUCUGGGAUAAGCUGACUGUCACCCCGAGCGCACCCCGGCAGCUUUCUCAAAGUUUCCCACUGAUGUAGAGCACUGCAUCGGAUUUUUCCGGAGCAUCCUUCCUCGCAAAUCACUUUUAUUACAUUUCGGAUCUGUGGGUGUGAACUAGUGUUUUUUUGGAUUUUUUUUCUUCUUUUCUCUCGGUGGAGUUUAUAUUGAACCCCCCCCUUAAACUGUGAAAUGAGUUUCUUUACUACUUCUGUAGCUGAGAGCCAGCGAGAUUCAGCAAAAAAUGGAAAAUACUGAGUUAAAGUUUAUCUGCUGUUCCAGAACCCGAUGUUCAGGGGGUGUUAAGGUGAUGCAGGUCCCUGGGUCAUCCCAGCAGAGGAGCCGCCUAAUGACGAGUGUCUUUGUCUGCUGAACGCCCCCCUCCACCACAACCACUGCCCUCCAUCCCUUCCUCCCUCCAUCUCUGAUGGCUCUAUGGGGCAUCGUCAGCCUCAGCCUUCACUGCUGGGUGUGUUUACGGUCUGGUGCAGCAGCAACAGCAACAGCCGCCAUCCUUCCUAAUGACAGACCCGGGGGACCUCUGGACUGGCUUCUUUCAGAUAAGGGACCCUUCCACCACUCCCCAGAGUACAUUGACUUUGUGGAGAAGAACAGGCAAGGCUUCUCCACAAGAUACAAGAUAUACAGGGAGUUUGGGAGAUGGAAGGUGAACAACUUGGCAGUAGAACGGAGGGAUUUUCUGGAGUCUCAGUUACCUCUGACACCUGAGUUCAUCAGGAACAUUCGACUCCUGGGCCGCAGGCCCACCACCCAGAUGAUCACUGACAACCUCAUCAGGAAGUAUGGAACACACUUCCUGCUGUCAGCCACACUGGGAGGAGAAGAGGCCUUAACGAUAUUUGUGGACAAAAGGAAGCUGAGCAAGAAGGCAGAGGUGAGCGAUUACUCGGGCAAUUCCUCCACUGUGACUUUGGAAGCUCUGCACCAGCUGGCUGCCUCCUACUUCAUUGACAGGGAGAGCACUCUGCGCAAGCUGCAUCACAUCCAGAUUGCCUCCACUGCCAUCAAGGUGACAGAAACCCGAACAGGUCCUCUUGGGUGCAGUAACUAUGACAACCUUGACUCUGUAAGCUCUGUGCUGGUUCAAAGCCCUGAAAACAAAGUGCAGCUGCAAGGCUUGCAGGUGAUCCUCCCAGACUACUUGAGAGAAAACUUUGUUCAGGCAGCUCUCAGCUAUAUAGCCUGCAAUGGAGAGGGGGAGUUCGUCUGUAAGGACAAUGACUGCUGGUGCAGCUGUGACCCCAAGUUCCCAGAGUGUAACUGCCCCUAUAUGGACAUCCAAGCAAUGGAAGAGAGUCUGGAGAGGAUCACAGAGACAUGGGGGAUAUUCUAUAAAGAAUUUGAGGAAUCAGAUGAAUUCAAGGCCUUCUAUGCAAGGCUUCCCCAGAACUACUUCCUGAACGUGUCAGCUAUACAACAUUUGUGGUCCUUGGACAGCCUGUUUCAGUGGCGAUAUGAGCAGCUGGAGAACAGCAUGCGGGCCCUCUCCAAACGAGCCCAGAGAGUCAUCUUCAAGCUGUUCAGUCUCAGUAAAAGAUGUCACCGACAGCCACAAGUCCGCAUACCAAGAGAACGGCCCCACUCCUACUGGCUGAGCCAUUUCCAGUCUCUCCUGUACUGCUCAGAGAACAACCAGCUUGGUGAAUUCUCGGAGGAGCUCCACAGCUGCAGCUGCCGAUAUGAACACAGCUCCUGUCAACUGCCCCCACCCUGCUCUGUUGGGGAGGGCUUAGCCUGUGCAACAUGUGCACCAGACAACCAUACCCGCUGUGGGAGCUGCAACCCGGGCUUUGCCCUCAUGCAGGGUGCCUGCAGGCCUAUGGUGGCAGACUCUACGGAGAACUAUCUUGGGUUUGAAACAGACCUCCAGGAUUUGGAGCUGGGCUACCUUCUGCAGAGAGCAGACCGCAGGCUGGAGGUCCAUGCAAUUUUCAUCAGCAAUGACAUGCGACUUAACAGCUGGUUUGACCCAUCAUGGAGAAAGAGGAUGUUACUGACACUGAAAAGUAACAAAUAUAAGUCCAAUAUGGUCCACAUGCUGCUGGGAAUAUCCCUUCAGAUCUGCCUUACAAAAAACAGCACCCUGGAGCCUGCUCUCACUCUUUACAUCAACCCUUUUGGAGGGAGCCACUCAGAGAGUUGGUACAUUCCUGUCAGUGAGAACAGUUUUCCAGACUGGCAAGCCACCAAGCUGGACCUACCCUUUGAGUGUUAUAACUGGACUCUGACAUUAGGCAACAAGUGGAAGACAUUCUUUGAAACUAUCCAUAUCUACCUUCGUAGCAGGAUAAAGACUCAGGAUGGAGCAAAUGACAGUGUUUACUAUGAGCCCAUAGAAUUGACAGAUCCUGCUCAGAGCUUGGGAUACAUGAAGAUCAACAGUAUCCAAGUCUUUGGCUACAGCAUGCACUUUGACCCAGAGGCAAUCCGUGACUUGAUUCUGCAGCUGGACUACCCAUACACCCAGGGUUCCCAGGAUACAGCUAUGCUUCAGCUCCUGGAAAUACGGGACAGGGUGAACCGGCUGUCCCCCCCAGGUCAACAAAAGUUGGAUCUGUUUGCCUGUCUCCUCCGGCACAGACUUAAAAUGACUGCCAGCGAGGUAGUCCGAAUUCAUGCCUCCAUACAGGCCUUCAGCGCCCGUCUGCCCAAUUCACUGGAUUACGAGACCACUAAGUUGUGCAGUUAACAGCUGCUCGAAUGGAAAACUACAUUGUGAAUUGUUUAAGGAGUAUUCCUGGACAUAAAAAUAGCGCCCUUUUUCUUGCAGAUGCUUACAGAUGCUCGGUCUCUAUGGAUUACCAAACUCUGGUUUAUUCAGGAUGACCAGCUGAGGGCUGCUUGAGAAUGUACUCAUGUGGUUGUUUUGGUUUUUGUUUUGUGCAAACUACUGUCUUUUCAGUGGUAUAUAUAUAAAUGGGCUUGGGGCAGUGAAGAAAUGCACAAAACAAGCUAACUGUAAAGAAUUCUUCAAUAAAUUUGGAAACCACUACAUAAAAUUUAACCAUCAAAUUUCAAUAUGACUUCUCAUUUAUACUGUAAGUACCAACGCCAACUGAAUGGACAUUUCAUGGUAUACAUGGUACAGUAUGUUUGUUUGUAAUUUUUAUAUGUUUCUUUGCUUUAGUGACAGUGCACUUUCCAUGAAGACAAGGUUACAGUGGUGUCAGUUAAGAUUUUGUAGAUAAAUUGAUAUUAAAACAUCAUGUUAUAACA